ACCAGCUAGCCAAGCCACCAGUCAACCAGUCGGUCGACCUGCUGGCCAAUCAGACAACCACGCUAACACGCCGUAUUGCGCUGCGCUGCGCUUCGCUCGAGCUUAGCCGCGAGUCAGUCAGUCAGUGCGCCGCGAACCUUGGUCUCGCACGCCCACGUGUGCUUGACGUUUCAUCGAUGGUUUAAAAAAAAAAGAAAAAAAUGAUCAAGAUGCGUCGAAAGUCCCGGCGAGACCGAAUGCCUCUUCUCACUGCUCAUUAUCGCGCUCCGUAAUUAGACAUAAAUUGGCGGUGAAUGUCACAGGUGUGAGACCGCGCGCUUCGGGAUUUACAUCUCUUCAAGGGAUUUCAUCUCUUCAGCAUCACUGUUCUACAUAAGCUACUCGCUUCGCUCGCGUGUGGAUAUGUAUAUGAUUCGAGUGUGUUGCACUGUGCGAUUUUUUAUCGGAUUAAAAUACAUAUUUGUACGUGAGGGAGAAUAAGAAAGAGACGUUUCCAUAUAACGGAGAAGAGAUAGAAAAAAGGGAAAGAGAGGAGAAAAUAAGGAGAAGAGAGAAGCGACAUGGCGCCCCCCAACAGACCGCCUCGCCCUGGCUCCGGUCUCAGCCUCUCCGUACUUGACCUGGCGCAGAUACGAGCGUUGGUCGAGUCGACAGGGAUGCUGGGUGGAUCCACAUGCCCGUCCUGCGAGAUGCCGUUCGACAAGGGCAAGAAACGUCGCCUGAUCGACUCCUGCGGUCACGAACGUUGCUACUCCUGCCUGUUUCGCAGCGAGGCCUGUCCGCUCUGCUUACACGACUACGAUGUCAAUAACGAUGACGGACUGGAGGAACCGACUCUCAGGGAUGCUUCCGCGGCUCCGUUGUCCGUUUUCGCACCCACGGACGGUUGGCUCGAUGAGUCAUCGACGGUGAAUUCUCUCUGCGGCAGCCCCAGGCUACCACGCACCAAAAUCACCACGAGGGCUCAUUUAUCGUCACGAGUUAUGCACCGAGGUGGGGUAGAAAAUCUCUCGUUGGUGACGAUGACGAAGAACUUGAGAAGUAAACCUUCGGCGCUUCCAGAUUCUUCUAUUUCUCAAAGUCAACAAAAAUCUGAAAUGACACAAAGUUGCCCGACACCGCCGAAUCAACGAAAAAGAUUCUUCCUCAACCCGAAAGUACUCAGAAGCUCCUUUGCCGCUCAGAAAUCUUCGAGACGUACCGCAUCCUCGCCCGAGCCGACCAUGAAUGAUAAUCCUUCCGCAUUAUCAGAUGAUGAAGGCGGUUGCGUGAAACCGCUAUCCUCGAAAACCAGAAAAUCGUCGCAGUCGGAUCUGUAUAUGAGAUUGGGCCUGCUAUUGGGAUCAAAUCGAACGAACGCGAGCACGGAACCGGAUGCGUGUCCUUCCUCGAGAGCCCCGGCGGUCCAGGGACACGACAGCUCGGCAGCUUCCUUCAGCAGUCUAACCAGCUUCGAAACACAGACGCUGGCCUCGACGAACACGAGUCCGGUCUCAACAUUGACAGGCACAUCGAGCGAAGCGGAGGCCGCAGCAGCGCUGCGAUGUUCCGUCAAGCCGAAGGUCAAGGCCAAGGGAAAGGUCAAGUCCAGGGACUGUGACAGCGCCGGUAGCCUGGCGUCCAUCUCCACGUCGUUAUCCAUAUCCACGUCUAUGUCCAUGUCUAUGUCGGUGUCCGUCUCUGGUCUGUCGAAUGGUAGUGGCUCGAGUCCGCUCGCGUUCAGGAGACAUUCCGCUAAUGCCGCGCAAGCGGGCCAGACCGACGAACUUGGCCAGCUAAGGACCAGACGGUCCUGCGCCCGGAGAUCAGCGAGAGCCGGCAACGUUAAGGGUCUGGUGGACGCUAAACUGCGUUACAUUCAGCAUCACAUGGCGCAAUUAACCUUGAAGCCGUUGUUCUUCGAAGUGCCGUUAUUAGAAGAGGAUCCGCUCUUCGCCGGACGACAAUGGCUGUUACACGAAUUCGAAUCUGUGAUCAAUGGCUCUAGUCCUGGCAUUCUGAUCUCCGGAUCACCAGGUACGGGAAAGACCGCACUUAUGUUGCAACUGGUGGAACAUAGUUGUUUCGGGAGAAGGAACGAACAGCUGGGGCGAUCUUUGGAAAUGAACAAGGAAUGCGACGAGAAAGAGAGGCAAAGUAACGCGACUCUUCAAGCUAAUAUUCGACAUACCAACGAAAAGGUUCGCGAAUUAGCUUCGCACGUCGUGGCGUAUCACUUUUGCCAAUCCGACAACAAUAGUACCUGUCUAGUGCCAGAUUUAAUUCAUUCGCUAGCGGCGCAACUCUGCCAGGCACCUCAAUUAAUCUCGUAUAGGGAGUAUCUGUUGUCCGAACCUCAUCUUCAAGGUUCGCUAUCGCAAAGGGAGUGCACUGUUGAUCCGGAUCUCGCGCUCUCUAGAGGUAUUAUCGAACCGCUUUUGGUCUUGAAGAAAGCCAAUAGAUUACCAGUCUCGAAUAUGAUAAUAUUAAUCGACGCCGUUUGCGAAGCCGAAUAUCACAGGCCAGAUAGAGGUGAUACUAUAGCUUCUUUCCUGACGAGGCAUGCACCGAACAUUCCGAGUUGGUUGAAGAUUGUUUGCACAGUAAGAACGCAGUUGCUCGACUGUGCGAAGCAACUGCCAUACACGAGGAUUUCGUUAGACAAGAUUCCGAAUGAUGCGAUCGGCAACAAUAUCGCGAAAGAUCUGUCCGAUUACAUCGGUUACAGACUCGCGCAAAGUCCCAAUAUACAGACAAACGUGACUGCAUCGAUAAACGGCAAGACGGAAUCAUCGUACAACGCGAAUCAGACGAGAUUCGCCUCGCAUCUACUUGCGCUGGCUAAAGGCAGCUUCCUCUUCGCUAAACUGACACUUGAUCUUAUCGAGAGCGGACAUUUAGUCGCUAAAUCUGCAAGCUAUAAGGUACUACCGGUCUCUCUCGCACAGAUCUUUCAGUUGCAUUUUAACUUAAGAUUUCCUACGGUAGCCUCGUUCGACAAAGUGCAACCUCUUUUGGCCGUCUGUUUGGCAGCUCUGUAUCCACUGACCUUACCUGAAAUUUUUUAUUCCGUAAAUUCCCUAAAUGUAGACCAUUUUAUCUCAUGGGAAGACUUUUUACAGAGGUUCAAGAUGCUCUCUGGUUUCCUUGUGAAACGUCUAGACAAUACCUACAUGUUCUUCCAUCCGUCGUUCAGGGAAUGGUUGAUGAGAAGGGACGAAGGGGAAUCGACAAAAUUCCUGUGUGACUAUAGACUCGGACACGCGGCGAUUGCGUUCAGACUAUCUCGUCUUCAAGCACCGUUAGACGGUGAUAAAGCCUUGGAAUUUGGUCAUCACGUAUUGAAAGCGCACGUUUAUAGAGGCGUAGCUCCGUGCUGGCCUUCGCGCGAUUUACAAGCUCUCUGGCUGACCCUGUCGACCGAAUGUAUCUCCUCGGCAUUAUGCACUCUUCGGAAUAUCUACAGUCCAAAUGUGAAGGUGUCGCGAUUGCUCCUGCUGGCGGGCGCAUCGCCGAACCACAUCACCGAGUAUCUGGGUAACGCACCGGCUUUAUGCAUGUACGCGCACGAGGGUUUCGUCGAGAUGGUAUCCCUCCUUCUCGAAUUCGGCGCCGAUGUCGAACUGACUAAUAGCCAAGGUUGUACUGCAUUAUCACUGGCAGCUGCCCGAGGACAUUGCGACGUUGUCAGAAGGUUGGCUGCUGCUGGAGCCUUGUUAGGACAUGUUGACAUGGCUGGCCAAUGUCCUCUGGUACACGCGGCGAGGUACGGAAGACUGUCAGUGGUUGGGUACCUUCUUGCUUGUGACUGGGUCCUGCCAACCGGUGAGAAUAGACUGGAAAGCGGUGCCUCAGAAAUAGGCAGAGAGGAAGCCGCUCAGCAAGCUGUUGUCGCGGCCGCUUCGCAAGGUCAUGAAGCCGUCGUGGAGUAUCUCUUAGAUAUGGCCGAAGUGAUUGUGGAUCGUCCCGAUACAUUGAUAGGUGAAACCGCUUUAACGAUUGCUGCCGCGAAUGGUUCGACCGCAACGGUCUCUGCGCUUUUGGCUCGUGGUGCUAAUCCAAUCGCUGUAAACGCGAAAGGUCUGUCUGCUCUCAUGCUCGCCGCCAAGGAAGGACAUUGGGGUACUGCUGAACGACUCUUGCAAAAAAAUUUAUCCACCAGCACUGAUACAAUAUCAGACGAAACUAUAUCGCUCCUGGAACAACGCGAUCCCACUGGCCGCACUGCGUUAAUGCUGGCUGCUUCCGAAGGCCACACCAAUCUUGUCGAGCUGUUUCUCGAUAAAGGCUCGAUUUUAGAAACGAAAGACAAGGAAGGACUCACUGCUCUUGGCUGGGCUUGCGUUAGAGGACGCGUAGCUGUCGCACAGAUGUUGCUCGAUCGCGGCGCCAAUGUUGGUACGAAUGACAAUACUGGUAGAACUCCUUUGGAUUUGGCCGCAUUUCAGGGUAAUCCAAAACUAGUACAGUUAUUACUCGACAAGGGAGCCGCGGUGGAACACGUCGAUCUUCAUGGCAUGCGACCUCUGGACCGUGCUAUCGGAUGUCGCAAUAUACCGGUGGUCCAAUGUUUCUUGCGUCGUGGUGCCAAAUUGGGUCCCGCCACAUGGGCUAUGGCGGCAGGAAAACCGGACGUUUUAAUAAUCUUGCUGAAUAAGCUUUUAGAAGAUGGCAAUGUCUUGUAUCGGAAGAACAGAUUGAAGGAGGCGUCGCAUCGAUACGCGUAUGCUCUUAGAAAAUUUCCAGUCUCCCCGGAAGAAGAUUACCAGGGGCAAGAACAAGGUCACAUGAUGCUGCAGCUCCAAACUUUUACGCAGCUCCGAUUAAAUUUCCUUCUAAAUCUCAGCCGAUGCAAGCGCAAGAUGAACGAAUGUAUUGAAGCUAUCGAACUCGCCGACGAAGCUCUGGACAUCCGUUCCGUUUCUUACGAAGCGUUCUAUGCCAGAGCUAAGGCGCGCGUAGACUUAGGCUUAUUUGAGGACGCCUUGUCAGACGUUCAGGAAGCUCUUCAACAUGCGCCGGCUAACAAUAAACAAGAUCGUAGAGUACUCGCAGCCUUAAAAGACGAGAUCGUCUCUCGGAUCGACGGUACUGGAACCAGUAAAGGGCACGAAGAUUAUAUCGCCAGAUCUCGCCUUCGAGCAUCAGUGGAUACUCUUACAGAGUUGUAAUGUUACUUGAUUAAGAUACUCGAAUAUGUUAAGUUUAUACAAAUCGAUUCGAUUCUCAAAAACGCAAUAAUAAUAAUUUACGCUUGUUAUAAUCCAUGAUUUAAUUUAUGACCGUAUUUAAAGGAACGGCCACAAAAGCUUUAUCCAAGAGUUUAAACUUUUCUAAAGACCUAAACGAGGUCUUUCGCUUCUGUGCUUAUCGAGUGCUAGAAAUGAUAAUUUUGUGAAAAUUUAAAAAACUAUAUCUUUUUUUAGAGAUGCUUCUGUAUCAUUUCUGAUACAAUAGCGCUAUUGACGUGCGGCUUUUAUAUACUUUUACUAUAUACUAUAUACAUUCGAAUAACUUAUUAUAUAGAUAUUUAUCCUUAGUUUGUUGCUCAGAGAAUUUAACACAAAAACUUGAUUUGAUCAAAUUUACAUUCUGUAUUAAAAAAAGAGAAAGAACAUCUCUUUUUUUAUCGAAAAUGUAAUCAAAGACAUAAAAGUGUUAAACGAUUUGCACACGGAUUUUUAUCAUUCGCAACUUGCUUUUAAAUUAUCAUAUUUUACAAUCUUUUAACACGUAUAUUUAUGUUAUAUUUAAUGCAAGAUACAAUUAUAAGCUUGAAAACUAGUUUUGAAUGAAAAUUCUACGAUGGUUGAGUUAUAUUACUAUGAAUUAUGCGUUAUCCUGUACAUUGUGUACGUGGAAAAAUUCUUUCUUCAGUAUUCUUACAGUAUAUACUGAUCUUGCCACGUAAAAGUAUUUUUAGAAUUUAUGAAAAUUGCUGUAAUAAAAGCGUGCCGAUUUAAUUGUCCGGCAAAAUUCGCUAAUCAAAUUGGCAUCGUAAUUAUACUUAUCAUCGAUUUAUUAGAAACAAAUUGUAAUAUAUCAAUCGAUGAUACAUCGACGUUGUCAAUUAUUAGUAUAUGCAGGAUACUUGAUAUUUAUUAUAGUUGGCAAAACACUGAUUAAAAAGUAGUUUGUUUCAACAUUAAUUUUUAACGUACAAAAGAUAUCCAACGUAUUCUGACGCGAGCAUAAAGUAUUGUAUGAUGUGGAGUGAAAUAUUUGUAUGAUUUUUAUUUGAUUAUACAAAUCAAAUAAAAAUAUAUACAAUAGAUCUUCGUAUAAUGCAGGGAAUAUGUUCUGUGUUAUGAUUCCACGUUAUACAAUACUCGCACAUAGAUUGUACAAAAUUAAAAAAUAUAUUGUUCAUAAAAAAUAUAUUGUUCAUUAGAAAAGAAAUACAAAAUUUUUCGCAAAAUUUGAAAUUUAUCUACUGCGUGUUAUAGAAGAGAAUUCAUGUUAUCGAAAUACGUUUUAUAGAAGGUUUUUUGUAUAUAUAUAAUCACGUGUGUAUUAUAUGAGUAUAAUACAUUAAUAUAAUUGGCCUUAUAAAGCAUUAUAAAACAUUCUAAUUUAAAUGAAUUGUUUCAUUAUUUGCUUUUUUAUAUCAGUAUUUUAUAUAAUAAUUAUAAACAAUUUAUAGUGCAACAUUCUCAUUAUUCAAUUGAACGUAGAACGCGCGCAUAUGUAUAAUUAUAAAUUAUAUAUAAUACUAUUAAAUUUUGCUAUAUUUAGUAUAUAUUUGUACUCCGAACAUAAGAAAAAUCCAACAUUAUUAACCUCGCAGUGAUUAUUUAUAAUAUUCGCAUCUUGCCAAGCGUAUGUAAGGUCGCAGAAAUCGCGAGUUCCUUGAUUUGAUUUGAAAAACAGCUAUAUCGAAUGUUAUUGACCCCAUCAGAAUAAACAAUGGUGUCAAAUAAAUUAACUUUUUAUUGAGA